CCUAAUCAGGACUGCCGACGCAGAGACGCUCGCAAGAGCAUUGACCACGGCCAGAGCGCCUUUUCGAGGGCCUUAUCAGUACAGCGCCCUCAUGUCGACCUCUAAGGCUGGGGCGUCCCGGAAACGCGGCGCUUCUGCGAGUGACGACGCGAGACCCGCUUCGGGCGAACCUUCGAAGAAGGUGCAGAAAGUACACCCCUUCUUCGCUAAAGCAUCAGAGAAGCCGCCUGGCGCCUUCCAAUGGCUGAAGCCACUUGGCCCCAAAGGCAGCUGCUGGCAUGCCACCAACCUUACGCCAACUGCGGCGCCGCGGGUUGCCGCGUUCGACCUUGAUGGCACGGUCAUCAAGUCGUCCUUUGGCAAGGGCGUGUCCAAAGCGAAGGCGAAGGGACCUGCUGCUUCAGCCAACUUCGAGUGGUGGAAUCCUGUUGUGCCCAAGAAACUCGAGGAAGUGUAUAACGAAGGCUAUGCCAUCCUGCUCAUCACGAACCAGGCGUUGAAGCCGGGGCCAUUGCGAACCUGGAAAGAGAAGAUGAACGCGGUCGCGUUAGCUUUGCCCAAAGUACCUUUCCGUCUCUUUGCCGCAACAGAGAAAGACAAUUAUCGCAAGCCCAUGAGGGGUAUGUGGACCGAGCUUGAACGCAUAUACGCGGUCGAAGGUGUUACCAUUAACAAGGACGAGUCCUUCUAUGUUGGUGAUGCCGCCGGACGGGUGUACGGCAAGGACAAACCAGCCGAUUUUGCGGGGACCGAUCGCAAGUGGGCAGAUAAUGUUGGGUUGACAUUCUAUACCCCGGAGGAAUAUUUCCUCAAGUUGCCAAAGCACACGAACGUUGUUCUUGAGGGCUUCCGCGCAUCGAGCGUGCCUGAACUGCCAGAAGUGACGCCCACGUCCACACCAAUCGUCCCGGACCCGGCUAGGCAGGAAAUUGUGAUCUUCCAUGGCUAUCCUUGCCUAGGAAAAUCUACAUUUUAUCACCGGCACUUUGAGCCUGCGGGCUACGUGCACAUCAACCAAGAUACUCUGGGCACUCGUCCGAAGUGCAUUAAGGCCGUCCAGGAAGCUCUCAAGGAAGGCAAGAGCUGUGUCGUCGACAACACGAACCGUAACGCCGCUACCCGAGCCCACUAUAUCGAGCUAGCCAAGAAGGCAAAAAUCCCCUUGAGGUGCUUCUGGUUUACCGGCUCCAAGGAACUGGCCUGGCACAAUAACCUAUAUCGGGCGUACAACCUGCCACCAUCGGUCGCUGCUAAAGAGCCCGCCCGUCCUAUUGUCCCCUACAUCGGCUUCGCGGGUUUCAAGUCGGAGAGCGAAGAGCCGACGCUGAACGAAGGGUUUGAGGAGAUCAAGAAGGUGAACUGGGUGUUCCAUGGGAGCGACGAGGAGCGGAAGUAUUGGGAGAUGUGGCUGCAGAUCGACGGGAAGUAGUGGUCACCAGAAAUCUGGUAGAUGACUGAAAUGCGACGUAGCCUGCCGAUCUGUUGUCCGCUAUGCGAAGCCACCUAUCGCUCUUUAAUCGACUUAGACCUGACGAUAGUCAUAGCGGGAGGACAACGCAAGCAAUAACACGACGGCUACACUUCUACGUUGCUCAUACAUUAGAUGAUACCUUAUUGCGACUGCGUUCUACUUGCUACAUAUCUGAUUCAUGAUGACUUCGACUGCCGCCUUUAUGGCGUAUUAUACUCUAUCUCAUUCCUCUAGACUUCGUCAUGUCAUCAGUCAACUAUGC